AUAUGGCGGCACCCAUAUUGAAGUGGAAGCGCAUUACAACAACGUCGGGACCAUGUCCAAGACCCCGGCAUGGCCAUCGGGCUGUUUCAAUCAAAGAUCUGAUGAUAGUUUUUGGUGGUGGAAAUGAAGGCAUCGUCGAUGAGCUACACGUUUUCAACACAGCAACAAACCAGUGGUUUGUCCCAGCAGUGCGUGGUGAUAUUCCUCCAGGGUGUGCAGCAUUUGGGUUUGUCUGCGAUGGAACAAGAAUUUUGGUGUUUGGUGGAAUGGUUGAGUAUGGGAAGUACUCUAAUGAACUGUACGAGCUCCAGGCCAGCAGAUGGGAAUGGAAACGACUUAAGCCCAAAGCACCUAAAACUGGACCACUUCCCUGUCCAAGACUUGGCCACAGCUUUACUUUGCUUGGAAACAAAGCAUAUUUGUUUGGGGGCCUGGCCAAUGACAGUGAAGAUCCAAAAAAUAACAUACCAAGGUACUUGAACGAUCUGUACAGCCUGGAGUUGAAACCAAACUCCAAUCAACUUGCAUGGGAUCACCCUCCAACUGUUGGGCAGCCUCCACCGCCAAGAGAAUCCCAUUCUUGCAGCUCAUAUGUUGAAAGGGAUGGGAGGCGCCCCAGGCUUAUAAUUUAUGGAGGGAUGAGUGGAUGUCGUCUGGGAGACUUAUGGCAGCUAGAUAUAGAAACUAUGACAUGGAUACAGCCUGUUAUACAGGGUGUUCCACCUCUGCCCAGAAGUCUUCACUCUGCUACUGUCAUUGGAAAUAGAAUGUUUGUGUUUGGCGGCUGGGUGCCAUUGGUUAUGGAUGAUGUCAAAGUAGCCACUCUAGAGAAAGAAUGGAAGUGUACAAAUACUUUGGCUUCUCUUAAUCUUGACACCAUGGCUUGGGAGCCUUUAGCAAUGGAGGUGUUUGAAGAUGCUCUUCCUCGAGCUCGUGCUGGCCAUUGCUCUGUGUCUAUCCACACAAGGCUGUACAUAUGGAGUGGAAGAGAUGGAUACAGAAAAGCAUGGAAUAACCAGGUCUGCUUCAAGGAUUUGUGGUUCCUUGAAACUGAGAAACCUGCAGCACCCUCAAGAGUGCAGCUUGUGCGGGCAAGCACCAACACCCUAGAGGUUUGUUGGGGGUCGGUACCGACAGCUGAUGCCUACCUCCUUCAGCUGCAGAAGUAUGAUCUCCCUCCAGCUCAAGCCCUAACACCCACAGCAGUACCUACCACAAACCCUCUGAGUGUGAGGUCUCCCACUGCAGCUUCACCACAGAGUGCACUGAUACGCAGCCCGGCACCCACUGCAGUCACACCAUCUAUCCGUGGGAAAUCCCCCAUUACAGUGACUCCGGUGUCCUCAGGAAUACGAGUAGUGAACUCUCCACAGGUUAUCAAUGUGGGACAGAGAGCAGCUUUGACUCCCAUCACAAAGACACCGAUUGUGACCACAACGUCUGGACAGAUGACUGGUAUUGCAGCUUUGGCAGCAGCUGCAGCAGCAACUCAGAAGAUCCAAGGUACAACGACAACCACAACAACUAUACCUGGUAACCCACUGGGAGGACUGAAAGUUGUCACGCCUACUAUUGUUACUCACCCAGGAGUCAAAGUUACCCCUGUACAGGGGAAACUCCAAGGAAGAUUGGCAGGGACUACCCUGACACCAGGUACCCAAACUGUGCGUGUGCCAAGCACGACAAUCCUGAAAGCUGCGUCUGGAGGUGCCACAAUGGCUGGUAAACAGAUCAUCACUGUGCACAAAGCAGGAGGAGCAGUGUCAAACCAGCCCCAGAUUGUCACAUUGGUGAAGACUUCACAAGGGAUGACAGUAGCUACAACCAAAGCCCCAUUGCCACAGGGAGCCACCAUUGUAAAACUAGUGACAACGCAGUCUGGGGCAGGAGGUAAACCCACAGCGAUCAUCACCGGGAGCAACCCUGGCCAGACACCCUCCAAUAUUAUGGGCAUUAGCAGCGUGCAGCCACAGACUGCAAAUAAAGCGGUGACAACACUUAUCAAGACCAUUCCCUCAAAUAUGUUAUCCAUGGCAAAGUCUGGGUUGGCUACACUGAAUACUGUGGGAGGAGGAAAGCAAACGAUCGUUAUCACAGCGCCUAAAGGAGCUGCAGGUACCCUUGGGGCCUCAGCUCAGGGUAAAAUCCUCUCGGCCAUGCCGAAACUUGGAGCUGGCGGAAACACACAGUUCAUUGUUGUGAGUUCCCAGCCAGGGGGCGGCACAACUCAUGUGACAUUACCUUCAAGUGUGGCUUCAUCAAUUGUUGGUAGUAAACCUAUCACAGUUACAGCUUUACCAGUAUCCUCAGCAGGUGGAAUACAGCAGCUAACGACCAUCCCACAGGUUGUGUCAGCAUCCUCAAAACCAAUGGUGACUCUAAUCACAACAUCGGUUCCUGGUAUUGGUACGGCAACCCUGACUACAACAGGAAAUACUACUGGUCUUAUAGCAACCACAACAGCAGCUACAUCAAUCAUUUCAUCCCCAUCAGUGCUACCAUCAUCAACUAUCAAAAGCCCAACCAUAUCACUCAUUGCACAACCAGUUCCUGUCACUAGCCAAAUUGUCACCUCACCUGCAGUCAAACCAGCUCCAACAACAAUUCAGGUGUCUGUCCCUCAAGUCAAGCCUGUGGUGGCCACACCAGAUCCACAGCCCAUGGAAACAGAUCAAGAUUGUCCACCUGGAAGUGGCCAUUGUCCCCCAGGAAGUGGCCAUUGUCCACCAGCUGGUGAUCAACUAACUGAAUCCACUGAUUGUCCACCUGGAAGUGGCCAUUGUCCUCCUGGAAGUGGACAUUGCCCUCCUGCUGGUGAUCAACCUUCUGAAUCCACAGAUUGUCCACCAGGAAGUGGCCAUUGUCCCCCUGUUGGUGAUCAACAAACUGAAUCUACAGAUUGUCCUCCUGGAAGUGGUCAUUGUCCUCCUGGAAGUGGCCAUUGCCCUCCUGCUGGUGAUCAACAAAUUGAAUCUACAGAUUGUUCUCCUGGAAGUGGCCAUUGUCCUCCAGGAAGCGGCCAUUGUCCUCCAGGAAGCGGCCAUUGCCCACCUACUGGUGAUCAACAAAUGGAAUCUACGGAUUGUCCUCCUGGAAGUGGUCAUUGUCCUCCUGCUGGUGAUCAACCAUCUGGAUCCACAGAUUGUGCUCCUGGAAGUGGCCAUUGCCCUCCUGCUGGUGAUCAACCUUCUGAAUCCACAGAUUGUGCUCCUGGAAGUGGCCAUUGCCCUCCUGCUGGUGAUCAACCUUCUGAAUCCACAGAUUGUGCUCCUGGAAGUGGCCAUUGUCCUCCUGCUGGUGAUCAACCAUCUGGAUCCUCAGAUUGUGCUCCUGGAAGUGGCCAUUGUCCUCCUGCUGGUGAUCAACCAUCUGAAUCCACAGAUUGUCCGCCAGGAAGUGGCCAUUGUCCUCCUGCGACUGGGAAUAGUACUGGUGAUUCAGAACAACAAACUGAAGGAUACCAAAUGGAAGUAGUAAGUCAACAAAUUUCCGAGGGUGGAGAUCAGGUUGCAGGGGGGCAGCAAAUGGAAGCCGAUACAACUGUGCCUGUAGCUGAAACUUUGUCAACACCAAUUACAGAAAGUGCUACAGAUAUGGAGGUGAAAGAUGUAAAAGCAGAACUUCCAGCACAAAUUUUAAGUGAUCAUGUGGACAUGAGUAAAGCCACAGAGACUCUAGCUGAAGAUGCAAAAGCAUCUGGAGAUGGCAGCAAGCUUGACACAGACACAAGCAUUGAUAUCAAACCAGUGGAAACAAGUGAAAAACUUGGCCCUAAUGGUGAUGGUGUAGUUGCUAUGGACACAACCACCUCGGUGGCCACACCCACUAGUGACCCAGUUGUUGGUGCAGGCGUUGCUAGUCUUACAGAAACAAGUCAGCCAUCACAACUUGAUACGGCAACAACAGCAUCAGCGGUGACAGAUGCCAGUGAUCCGCUGGCAACUCUUGCCUCAGCAGCAAUAUCGUCUGCUACAGCUACAACACCAGUCAAACCCAAGCUCAGUAGUGCCCCACCAACAGUAUCCAUUAAACAAGAACCAAAGACUCCAGUUAAAACCACAGUUGUCAGGAAAGAUGGCAAUCAGUGGUAUGACGUAGGAAUCAUCAAAGGGACAUCUUGUGUUGUGUCUCAUUAUCAUCUACCAUCUGAAGCAGGCCAAGGAGGAAAUGAUGAUAUAGAUGUUGUAAGUGUACCAGAUCACAGUGUGCUAAAACGCCAAGAGUUGCUACCAGGGACAGCUUAUAAGUUUCGGGUGUCUGGAAUAAAUGCAUGUGGGAGAGGACCCUUCAGUGAGGUGUCAGCCUUUAAAACAUGCCUGCCAGGUUUCCCAGGUGCUCCGUCAGCGAUAAAAAUCAGCAAGAGCACAGAAGGAGCUCAUUUGUCAUGGGAGCCACCUCAGAACACAGCAGGUAAAAUCACAGAGUAUUCUGUCUACUUGGCUGUUAGGAAUGCUGCCACACAAGUAGAUCAGAAACCAGGCACACCUGUUCAGCUGGCCUUUGUCCGUGUGUAUUGUGGUCCCAACCCAUCCUGUGUGGUUACUACGGCUAGCCUUGCAUCUGCACACAUCGACUACACCACAAAGCCAGCCAUCAUCUUCCGGAUAGCUGCCAGAAAUGAAAAGGGAUAUGGCCCUGCUACGCAAGUCAGGUGGCUGCAAGAUGCAGCCCAACAGCAGAGUGCUUUAGCGGGGAACAAAUUAGCAGUCAAGAGAACCACACCAAUGGCUGAUGGAAAACAAGUCACCAAUACAGCUGUCAGUGCCAUGAAGAAAAUAAAAACAGAAGACGAUGCUAACUAGUAUGGUUUAGUAAGAAUGCUGGUAUUCAACUUAGUGGCCAUAAAAUAAAACACACUCAUUUACAGUAUGUAGUACUAUACCUACAUAAAAGACAAUUGCAUGUCUUUUAUGUGGCAAUAUUGUCUAAUGGUCUCUAACUGUAGCAAGUAAUGUAUUUUACUUAUGUUAUACAUAUGUUAUAAACCUAAAAUUUGUGUUAUGCAGGUGGAGUAACAUUGAAUAAGGUACACUUUAUGAUAAUGUUCAGUUGCAUGAAUUCCUUAGUCUGUGCACACACAUGGGAUUAAGUGCAUCGGUAAGCUUUAAAUGGCUGGGAAAAUGUAUUCAUAAAUUUGUGCGUUGCAUAUGGGAUCUAAAAAUGACAUAUUUUUAUUUAGUAAACCAGUACACCUUGAGUUAAAAAAAAAAACCCAACAAACUAUUGCACUGAAAUUGAGGAGGAUUUAUGUGUGACUUAAAGAAUGUUAGUGAUACCAAUUUUGUUACAACGUUUGUGAAGACUUUGUAACAUUGCAACUCAUUUGUGCACUUGGAUACUGCAUUAAUAUUAUUAAACGAACGUUUUUAUGAACUCUGCAAAUGACCAAUUCCUUAUGGGGCAUUUCGUGUAUAGUUUUAUGUAAGCUGCUCUGUCAGCCUCUUAAUUUGCUGUAUGUACAUACUUCUCCUUGUGCAGACAAUUCGCAGAUAUUGUAUUCUGAAGUAUUGUGUGGCUCUCUUUGGUGAAAAUAUAUUUUUAGAUUAUGUUCAACUUUUGAUUCAGCUUGCGAUAUUAAAUAAUAUUUCAAGUUAAAGUUGUCAUGAAAUAAUUACGUUCGCAUUUUAGACUAUCAUUGUCAGAAUCCCUCCUGCAAAUUUGCUCAUAGCAGUGGACGUUGGUAGGAGGGAAUAUUUUAAUGAACUGCAAAAGAAAAAAAAUGGUUUAGAAUCACAAGGAUCUGUUGUUAGAUAAACAUGUUUUGUCGUUCUUUCCAUGUUCUGCUACUUUAAAGUCUUACUUCCAUUGAGGGUUUAAUGUUUGCAAAUGUUCUUCGGGUACAUGGGUGCAAUUGGAAUUCUCAACCCUUGCAAAUGGAGAGUUGAGGCUACACCUUUUGUAACUGUUGCUGACAGACGUGUUGUCAGAAGACUUCAAUUUAGUGGUUCUUAUGUAGCGUUAUAGUUAAGUUUAUAAUUCAGCGGGCUACAAACAUCAUCAUUUUCACCUUAUUUCAUCUUUUUCAUCUUCAAAGCCUGUUUGUCAUGGUAGAGCACUAGUGGAUAGUGUAGUUUGUAGUUCUGUCAGCAUUGAAUAAAGAAAAAUUACAUUCAUAUUUCACAUCUUUCCUUCAACAUUUUGCAUUUCAUUAUAGACGUUUAUUUUUAUUUGCAUGUUAAGUUUAUGGAAAAGUGGUAUAAUUACGUGAGGUGUGGAAAUCGAAAAAGAAAAAGCAAGUGUUCUAAUUCGGAAGGUCCUGUUUGCACACAGAACUGGUGUCUGGAAUCGGGUAAAUACUGGUCAGAAGACCCGAUGAUGUUGAUUUCAUUACAGCAAUCUUAACACCAGACCGACAAACUCACAAGAAGCAUGGAUAUAUUUCUAAGAUUUCUCAAACGCUUACCGGUUACAAAUGCCCGUAUUAUAGGAAUCCUUUUGGCCCAGUUAUUUAGUGUUUGUCAUUAAUGUUCGUCACGUGAUCUGUACCACGUGUUUGUACUCAAAAAUAAACAUUUUACUGUUGUUAUAUCUUAAA